AUGAAAGGAAGCCUUUGCCACGAGCUCGAGACUGGCCUCCCCGCAGCCGAUGUGUGGGAGGUCUAUGGAAGCCUUCUCCUUCCGGAGCUGAUUCCUCAGGUGCUUCCCACCAUUGUUGCCAAGGUCGAGGUUUCAGGAGAUGGUGGGGUCGGAACAAUCCUGCAUGUCACCUUCUGUCCUGGCCUCCCAUUGAAAUACCAAAAGGAAAAGUUCAUCAAGGUCGACCAUGAGAACCUCGUCAAGGAAGCAAUCGUCGUGGAAGGAACCGUCCUGGAUUUGGGAUUUCUGAAGUAUCUGAUGCGGUUCGAGAUCGUAGGGAGCGCAGACAAUAAUUGCGUAAUAAGAUCAACCCUGGAAUAUGAAGUUGCCGACGGGGAUACAAACACUGCAUCCCUCGCCAGCACCGAUACUUUAGCUAGUCUGGCCGAGGCCAUCACAAGGCACCUCAAGGAGCAGAAGAGCGCUAACCAAGCUUCAUAA